UCGCCCCUACUAUACAACAGCCGUGCUGAUUUAUCCAACUUUCCUCCCAGUCCUGAUAACCUCGCCUGAGUUCUCCAUUCCCCUUCUUCCGACCACCGUCAACCGCCAAAAUGAAGGCCGUUGUGAUAACCACCCCCGGCGGCCCCGAAGUCCUUCAACUACAAGAGGUCGAAGACCCAGAAUAUGGAGACGACGACGUUCUGAUCAGAGUCGCAGCCACCGCACUCAACCGGGCCGACACUAUCCAGCGCAAAGGCUUGUACCCGCCGCCGAAGGGCACGAGCCUGUUCCUGGGUCUGGAAUGUUCUGGAACCGUCGAGGCCGUCGGGAGGAACGUCACUCGGUGGAAAAUCGGUGACCAGGUAUGUGCUCUUCUUAGUGGAGGAGGGUAUGCUGAGAAGGUGGCUGUACCCACUGGACAAGUUCUUCCUGUUCCAGCUGGUGUUUCUCUAAAAGAUGCUGCUAGUUUCCCUGAAGUGGCGUGCACUGUUUGGUCAACAGUGUUCAUGAUGAGCAGGCUAUCUGCUGGAGAAACAUUCCUGAUACAUGGGGGCUCCAGUGGAAUUGGUACAUUUGCGAUCCAAAUAGCGAAAUACCUAGGAGCCAAAGUGUUUGUCACAGCAGGAAACGAAGAAAAAUUAGCUGCUUGCAGGGAUCUGGGAGCUGAUGUGUGCAUCAACUACAAGAGUGAAGAUUUUGUUGCACGUGUGAAGGAAGAAACGCAAGGGAAAGGUGUUGAUGUUAUACUGGAUAACGUUGGAGGACCCUACUUUCAACGGAACAUCGACAGCCUAAAUAUGGAUGGGAGGCUUUUUAUUAUCGGCUUUAUGGGUGGAACUGUAACAGAAGUGAAUCUUCAGGGUUUGCUUGCAAGGCGCCUCACAGUGCAAGCGGCUGGGUUGCGCUACAGGAGUACAGAAAACAAAGCUCUGAUCGUGAGCGAAGUGGAGAAAAACGUUUGGCCAGCGAUCGUGGCGGGGAAGGUGAAACCAGUGGUGUAUAAAUGUCUUCCAUUGUCCGAAGCAGCUGAGGGUCACCGGCUUAUGGAGAGUAGCAGCCAUAUUGGGAAAAUACUCCUUGUCACUUGAUACUAUGGAUGAUCUUUUGCAUCAAGUGACUGAAUAAAAUGGUUACUAUAUGCGUUAAAAUGAACAGGAAAAAUAAAAAGACGUUAGUUGCUUGAAAGGAUUUGUGUUAUGUUGAUCUCCAUUUGCAAUGUUGUAAGAGUACUUGUGAACUAAAGGCACCCCUUUCUCCUCUUUCUUUUUUUUUAAUUUUAAUUUUAUAUAUUAAGUAUAUAUGAGAGAUGUAUUAAUAACAUAUAUUGUGUGGGGUCAAAUUUGUAAAAUUGUCUAAUACACAUAUUAAGUACUUCCUCCGUCA